AACAACAUUGUAAAAAUAGUGAAAGUUAAUUUUGUUUAAUCAGAUCCUUAAUUAGCUGAUCUAAUUAAACAAUAAAACAAUGACGGACAGUGAUCUAAGCGCUCCUUCUCAAGAAGAGAUAGCCCAUAGAUUCAAUAUACCUGAGAGAAAGGUCAAAGUUCAAACUCUAAUGAAGACGUUAAAUGAUGAAGAACAGAAAUAUUGUAUCUGUCAAUCAACUGAUUGUACUUCCUUCAUGAUAGCUUGUGAUAAAUGUGAAGAAUGGUAUCAUGGUGUUUGUAUUGGAGUUACUCAACUUGAUGCUAAAUCUAUUAAACAUUAUUAUUGUGAUGCUUGUAGAGGUAAAGAUCCUAGUUUAAGUAUUAAAUAUAAAACUAAGAAACCCUGGAAAGAUAAGUUUAAAAGUGAUUCCAGUGAUGUUGAUAGAACAGCUAGAGACCCCAGACUACGUGAAUCUGGUAAAGCGAAGAAAUCGAGCAGAAGAUGUGGAGAUUGUACGGCCUGUCAUAAAAAAGAGGAUUGUGGGAGAUGUGAUUAUUGUAAAGACAUGAAGAAAUUCGGUGGACCGAAUAAAAUGAGACAGAAAUGCCGACUGAGACAGUGUGCUAAUUUUUAUAAGAAGAAGAAAUAUAAACAGGAAUCAUCGGAUACAGUAGAAAUAGAAGAUGAUACACCAACUCAAUGUUAUGGACCAGGCUGUAUAGAAUGUGCCAGACCAGGAUCUAAAUACUGCUCUGAUGACUGUGGAUUAAAACUCUCUAAAAGUCGUAUCUAUGAAAUGUUACCAAGUAGAAUUCAGCAGUGGCAGAGUAGUCCGUGUGCUGCCGAGGAAAACAAUAAACGAGCUCUAGAAUCAAUCAGACGGAAACAACUAGAGGCUAAAACUCGACUAGGUGAUCUAGAUCAACGUCAUAAAGAAUUAGACUCAUUAUUAGAACGAGCUAAACAUCUUAAAAUAGACCCUGAUCAAGGGGGAACUGAAACGGAAGAUGAUCUAGAGUUAUCUCUAUAUUGUGUAACGUGUGGAAGUGAGAUUAACCAACGUGGUGCUUUAAGACACAUGGAGAAAUGUUUCGCUAAGUUUGAAUCUCAAACAUCAUUUGGUUCUAUUUAUAAAACAAGAAUUGAGGGGAAUUCAAUGUUCUGUGAUUUCUGGAAUCCACAACAGAAGUUUUACUGUAAGAGGCUGAAAGUCUUGUGUCCUGAACAUACCAAGGAACCAAAGAUCGGCCAAGAUGAAGUCUGUGGGUGUUCCCUAGUAACCAAUGUUUUUGAUGAAACUGGGGAACUAUGUCGCGCUCCUAAAAGAAAAUGCGUCAAACAUUUUUGUUGGGAGAAAUUACGACGAGCUGAGAUUGAUAUGGAAAGAUUAAGAUGGUGGAUGGCUCUGGAUGAUUUAUUUGAGAAAGAGAGAACUAUCAGGAUGUCCAUGUCUAAUAGAAUGGGGGUGCUAGGAUUGAUGCUACAUCAGUCUGUGGACCAUGACCCUAUGACCCCUAUGACUACACCACAAAUAAGAGAUUCCAAUUAG